CCCCCCCACUUCACAGCAGUGAUAUUUGUAGCGAUUGUGGCACCAACCAAAGCAAAACUGAAGUGCAGCGUACUUUGAUUCUGAUCUUCAUCCCACAACAAUGUCAUCUGCUAUGUUCACCCGUCUGACACCUGCCUUCAGGCAAUCCACAACCUGUGCUCGAGUAGCUCUUACUUCGCGCUUUGCUGGCCGCAAUUUCCAUGCCGCCCCCGUUGCUAUGCAAGCAAUGGGCAUGAAGGAAUCUACGCAUUGGAAAGCUGAACGUGUCGUCAGUGUUGGAUCUCUAGCUCUUAUUCCCGCUGCUGCUGUAGUCGGUCCUUCGUUGCCGAUCGAUAUGGCGAUGGCUGUUGUGCUACCGCUACACUCAUACUGGGGUAUGGAGCAAGUAUUCACCGACUAUGCAAAGGGUAUUUUCGCACCAUUGUCUACAGUAUUGAAUGUUGUUGUACAUGUGGGAACGGUCGGCGGACUCAUCAUGUUCAACUUAAAUGACGUGGGUAUCACCAAGGCUGUACAACAGCUCUGGGCAUUGUAGAGUCUGUGAUAUCGAUGGUAUUUAGUUAAACCAACUCGGGAAUAAAUUCGUGUCACCGACGAUGUCACCUCAAGCAGCAGAUUCCUGAAAUUCAAAACGGAAUAAGUGUUGCGCAAGUAAGUGCUGAAUGUUAAGUACUUCGAUUAUCUAACGACGACGACGACGACGAUGAUGAUGAUGCGAAACACAUAUACAAUCAGAGGUCUACGAAAAUAAGUAGAUUAUUUUACGUCAAUGGCUCGCGAGUGGAGAACUUGUAGGUGCGCACCGGUCGGUGUGUACAUCAGCGGUGCCAUUUUAUAUGUUCAUACACGUAUGCAUAUCUGCGAACCUCGAUCAUACAUCCGCAGAGUUGUCGUGUGCAUCAGCGGUGCCAUUCUAUGUUUAUAUCCGCAAAGUCGUGUAAUACCAAGUUAUGAGGUUCAUUCCUAUAUGCGAUAGCAUCCUUCCCCUUCCACUGCGUUGAAGAACAAAAUUUGUCAUUGGUGGCCCCUAUGCCUGCAAAAUAGCUACUAUGCAAUAUGCCGAUUCCAGAUGAAACAGUGAGGUGUAAAACAUUGAAGGAGGUCAAGCGAUUUUUUUUGAUAUAAAUAUAUAAAUAUAUAAAUACAACACACAGACACACAAACACAGACGCAGACAUAG